AAAAAAUUCACUCUCAGAUUAUCUCUCUCUAAAAUUUCAAAACUCUCUCUAAGACGCCAUGAAGGGACUCAAGGCUACCUCCGUUGCUAAGAAGAAGCUCGACAUUGACUCGACGAAGAAACGCAAAGCUGAUGUGGAUGCAACGAAGAAGGGGCGGGCGAAGAAGAAGGACUCUGGAGCUCCGAAGCGUCCUCUCACUGCAUUCCUCUUGUUCAUGAGUGAUUUCCGCAAGAAUUACAAGGAGAAUUUUCCUGAUAACAGAUCUAUGGCCAUUGUUGGGAAAGCUGGUGGUGAGAAAUGGAAGGCAAUGUCUGAUUCUGAGAAAGCUCCAUAUGUGGCAAAGGCAUCACAGCUGAAGUCUGAGUACGGGAAUGCUAUGCAAGAGUUCAAGAAAAAUGUCUCUAAGAGCAGCAGCUCAGAAACAACAGUGUCUGAAGAAUCUGAGCAGACUUCUGAGGUGAAAGAUAACUCUGAGCAGGAAGCAAGCUGUUAGGUCUGUUGCAACAAAGUUUCCUUUAUUGUAGGAUUUGGCAUUUCAAUUGUUUCACAAUUCAGACUAAUUCCUGAUGAUAUAGUCUACCGUUUGCAUGUUAGUGAGUGUAGUACUUAAUUCGUCUUUCUGUUUCUUAGCUUUUAUGUGCCUCUGUGAUUAAUGGUUCAGUUCGCCAACAAUCAAUACCAAAUCUAAGUAUUGUGUA